AUGAGACUCAUCACACACAAUAUGCUCAAGUGCCACGUGAAGAACUGCACUGAUCCCAACCAGCAGUUCCCCUUACGGUUCAAGGAGGUCCAGCUGGAGCAGAUCGAGGCCGAACGCAACGACGAGUUCCUGGUGCGCAUGCUUCCGCGCCUCGACUGGCCUGCGCUGCUAACGUCGACCAAGGAGUUGGGCAUUGCCCUUCCUGAAUCUGUGCCAGCCAGCCCCGAAAAGGACGACGAGUUCCUACAGGCUCUGCACACGGCCAUUCUCGAGACCCACGUGAAGGAGGGCAACAUGGUGUGCAACGGGUGCAGCCACGAGUACAAGAUCACAAACGGCAUUCCCAACAUGCUGCUGGCCGAGCAUGAGAUCUAG